GCAGAAAGACGUACAAUUUGAUUAAAUUGAUACAAUUUACAAAUUCCAAGUUUAAGUUUUUCCACAAAUAUUUUUGUUUUAUGGAAAUUUGAAUUAUUCACUGUUAUACAAAUACUUCGCAUAUUUUUUUACUUAUUUUUACAAAACUUUCAACGAUUCGUUAGAUCUUAAAGUCUAAAAAUGUUGUGAAUGCCAAAACCAAAACUUGGCUGUGUGGAAACUGUGUCAGUGGGUAAAAACGUACUCGACACAAUAUUUUCAGUUUUAUGACAUGGAUAGUGUAAGAAAAACUGACGAUGUUGCAUCGGCUGACGGAAAUCUCCUACAACCACCAAAGGAAUUCACAACACCUGCCCGAAACCCAUUGAUGAAAGUUCGAACUUAUGUGUUGGCGUUGCGCCCGUGGUCGCUGAGCGGCAGCCUUCUGCCUACUUUGUUAGGUGCAGCUCUAGCAUACCGGCUGCCGGGAGAUAAUGGUUUCAGCUGGCUUACAUUACUUCUUACUAUGUUUACAGUAAUUCCAGUCCAUGGAGCAGGCAAUGUAGUGAAUACAUAUUUUGACUUUGUAAAAGGUAUUGAUAACCGUAAAUCAGAUGACCGAACUCUAGUUGAUCACAUAUUAAGUAUAGACGAAGUUGUGUCUCUUGGAGCUAUACUUUAUAUGUCUGGAUGUGUAUUUUUUGUACUACUAGUAAUAAUGUCACCUGCCCAAAUGGAACAUUUAGCUCUAGUGUAUUUCGGAGGUCUGUCCUCAUCAUUUUUAUACACAGGGGGUAUAGGUUUAAAGUACAUAGCUUUAGGAGAUAUUAUUUAUCUAGUCAUAUUUGGUCCAGUUUCUGUUGUGUUUGCAUUUUUGGCCCAAACAGGAAGAGUAGUUUGGCCUAUAUUCUAUUAUGCUGUACCAUUGGCUUUAAAUACAGAAGCAAUUUUACACAGCAAUAACACUAGAGAUUUAGAAGCAGAUAGCAAAGCAGAAAUUGUGACACUAGCUAUUUUAAUAGGAAAGACUGCUUCUCAUUUAUUAUAUGCAUUUUUAUUAUUUACGCCAUAUAUUAUGUUUGUUGUGGCUUCUGUAAGGUGUUCUUUUUGGUUUUUGCUUCCAAUGUUAACCUUACACCAAGCCUUUGAAAUAGAGAGAAGGUUCCGUCGGCCUGAAACAAUGCAGUAUGUCCCCAGGCAAACUGCUAGGUUAAAUUUCUAUUUUGGAAUGUUGUAUGUAAUAGCUUGUCUUCUUGCAUCAAGACUUCCAUUCCUAAUAAGAGAAUAAAUAUUUUGUAAAUAUUGAAUUGGCAUGUACUUAAAUUUUUAUAUAUUGGUACUAUCUAAUUGCAAUAUUGUUUUUUUAGUUUGUGAUACUUGUAUGUAUUACAUUUAUUAUGGCUUAUAAUAUAUUUACAAUAUGACCUAUGAAUGUAAAUAGUAUUGCAUUGCAUUGUUUUUAAUGUACGGUGUACAAAAGUUUUAGGCAGCUUUAAUUAAAAAUAAUGUUUAACAUUAUGAAAUCAUUUGUUCUAAUAUUUAUAAGUUUUUCUUGCAAAUUACAUUUUUUUGUACAUCUAUGUGGAUACUAAAUAUAACUUGUUACGAAAUGAUGGAUAAAUAAAUUGUGUGUACUGAAUACAUUGUUAAUGUCAAGGAUAAGACUUAUUCAAAUGUAAAAUAGAUAAUACACCAAGAUUGUGAAUAUUUAUGAAUAAUAUUUGGAUUACCUCUAAUAAUCUCACUGGUACUACCUCUUUAUACUGAGUAGUAGUAUGUUUGAUAUUUAAUAAUAAAAUAUAUACUUUCCAAUAAAUAAGUUGAGUAAAGUCGUUAGAUGUGCAGACAUUGUUUUUAUGUGUUUUCCUACUGAAAGUACAUGCACAAACUACGCGACUGUCAAAAUUUGGCUCAUACUGCAUGCUAAGAGUUUUAAUUUGACCAAUUUUGUUUUGAUAUAUUAUCAUUGUUAUAAAAUGCAAAUACAUCAUUAUUAGUGUAAAUACAUCAUUAUUCAUCAGUAUUUUAUUAGAAAUUAUCACCUAUCAAUGGGAAAUAAAACACAAAUGUGUGACUGUUUAUCUGAUCAUUUACUUGCAAUUAGUGGAAUUUAUGCUGGUCUUAAAUUAUAAGGAGUGUUUUUUAUGUAUUGAGAAAUAUAUAUAUUAAGAAUUGACAAUAAUUUAUGUUUAAA